CGGGAGUCACUGCCCGCUUGCCUGCCCGCUCAGCACCAGCAUGCUCCUUGGCAGCGCUUUGUGCUUGGCCUGGACCGUGGCCCUGGGGGUCUCCUACCCGGCCGCCAAGGACCGGGAAGGGAACCACACAACCACCUGGCACCACCUGGGACCUGCCGGGCCACUCAACGACACAGACCUCUUGCAGCGCUGCGCAGAUGAGGGGGGAUUUGAUGCUGCCACCCUGGAUGAGGCGGGGACCAUGCUGUUCUUCAAAGGGGGCCUUGUCUGGAAAGGGUUCAACAGCCCAGCCGAGCCCAUCAACGCUUCCUGGCCUCAGAUCCAGGGCCCCGUCGAUGCAGCCCUGCGGAUUCACCACCUGGCCCGCCGGGAUGCCCAUGACAGCGUCUACCUCUUCCAGGGUAAGCGGGUUUGGGCGUAUGCCCACGGCCAGCUGAGGGACGGCUACCCCCGCCUCAUCGCGGAAGAGUUUCAAGGGGUACCCAGCGACCUGGAUGCGGCUGUGGAGUGCCACCCAAAGGAAUGUGCAGCGGAGACGGUCCUCUUCUUUAAAGGCCCUCAGGUCCUCUCCUACGACCUGCAGACGGGGGUGCUGAAGAAGCGGGCGUGGCCGGCGGUGGCCAGCUGCUCUGCCGCUCUGCGCUGGAUAGAGCGCUAUUACUGCUUCCAGGGCAUCCGUUUCCUGCGCUUUGACCCCAUCACUGGCACGGUGCCCCCCCGCUACCCACUGGACGCUAGGGACUACUUCAUGCGCUGCCCGGGGAGAGGCCACGGCCAGGAUGCCCGGAGGAACACCACCUAUGACCGCUGCAGCGGGCAGCCUUUCCAGGCCUUCUCCUCGGAUGACUCUGGCCGCAUCUACGCCUUCCGGGAGGGGCUGUACUUCCGCGUGGACUCCCACAGGGACGGCUGGCACGCCUGGGCUCUGAACCACACCUGGCACGACCUGCAGGGCAAGGUGGAUGCCGCCUUCAGCUGGGAUGACAAGCUCUACCUGAUCCAGGGCUCCCAAGUGACCAUCUACCGAUCGAAGGGGGGCUACAGCCGGGUGGAGGGGUACCCGCGGCCCCUGCGAGAAGAGCUGGGUAUCACAGACGGGGUGGAUGCCGCCUUCACCUGCCCUCACUCCAAGGAUCUCUACCUCAUCCAAGGGGGCGCCCUGCGGCAGGUGGACCUGGAGCUGCGAUCGCCGGGCCCGGCGGGGCCCAUCCCGCACGCGCAGGUGGACGGCGCCCUGUGCACCUCCGACGGCGUGCGCCUCUUCCACGGCUCCCGCUUCUACCACUACGCCUCCGUGAAGGAGCUCCAGGAGGCCGCGCGCCCGGCAGGCGCCCAGGACACGGCCGCUGGCUUCCUCAAGUGUCCCCCCCCCGCCGCAGGAGGCAGCCACGCUCCCCACGGCCCGCCACGCCGCCCGGCCCACACCUUGAUCCGCCUCCAAUAAAGCUGGGCCUGCGCCCGCACCACA